UCCCAAAAGAAGCCUUCCCUGGGCCUCCAGAAUGGGUGGCAGCUCCCUUAUCCCCCUCAGUCCAUUAGAGCCCGGAACAUUCAGGACGGUCACUGGUGACAUGUCUACUACCUAAGGCAAAAAGCAGUUUCCUAAGGCCACGUUUUUCUCCACAUCUGCAGAUUGUCCCAGCCCUCACCACCCAGCUCAUGCUAACCGGAGGCCGGGUGUGAUGACAGAGCAAGAGACAAGGCUUAGUAAAUAUUCUUUGAAAUGGUGAAAAGAUAAAAGGAAAGGCUGGCGUUGAAACUAGACCACAAACCCUUUGAGGCCCUGAAGGGUUUCUCAUUCAACCGAUCAUCCAUCCCAAAAUUAAGCAUGCGGGCUUUGGAGUCACUGCAGUGAACAGGUUGAACAUCUUCCUCCUGAUAUCCCAGUUCCGUAGCAGUUCAGAUUGGAGGUGGGGGGAACCAAGUGUUAGGCCUCUGACACCGGUGGCCUUUUCCUUCCUGGCUACGGAGAGUGAAACCUAAGUGAGACACGCAUGCGCGUAGAAAGGUCCGCCUUCUGCCCGGAACUUUGGUUCUGGGCGCAGCGGGGCAUCGGAACCCCAGCUAGUGUGCUCAGCCGGAAGUGGCCGCUUAGGGCGUGGAGCCGAGUUGACGGUACGGAGCCUACCACGGCGAUUAGAAAGCGUAGAAAAUCCGGAUGGAGGCUGUGGCGGCCGCGGCGGCGACAGCAAGGAAACCUGAUGAAGGCUGCACAGAGCCCAGUUCUGGGCACUGGGGGGAGCUGAGCUGGAUGCCAGUCCCAUCCAGACCCCUGGACAAGGUGGAAGCAGCAGAGGGCGUUCCAAAGGCCCUGGGCAAUGACGCCUCUGGGACUGAGAAUGCAGCAGUGAGUGCUAUGCUGCAUGCCGUGGCGGCCAGCCACCUGCCCGUGUGCAGCCAGCAGCAAGGAGAGCCUGACCUGACCGAGCAGCAGAAGGUGGCCAUCCUGGGCCAGCUGUAUCACGAGAAGCCACUGGUGUUUCUGGAGCGUUUCCGCACAGGCCUCCGCGAGGAGCACCUGGCCUGCUUUGGCCACCUACGUGGUGAUCACCGUGCAGACUUCUACUGUGCGGAGGUGGCCCGGCAGGGCACCGCUCGGCCCCGCACCCUGCGUACACGCCUGCGGAACCGGCGCUACGCUGCCCUGCGUGAGCUCAUCCAAGGGGGCGAGUACUUCAGUGACGAGCAGAUGCGGUUCCGGGCCCCCCUGCUGUAUGAGCAGUACAUCGGGCAGUACUUAACCCAGGAGGAGCUCAGUGCCCGCACCCCAGCCCACCAGCUGCCCAAGCCCGGCUCCCCCGGCACACCCCCUUGCCCACUCUCCGACCUGCUGCUGCAGUCCUACCAGGAACAGGAACUGCAGCAACGGCUGCUCCAGCAGCAGGAGGAGGAGGAGGCCUGCCUGGAGGAGGAGGAGGAAGAGGAAGAGGACAGUGACAAGGAAGACCAGAGCCCUAGCAAAGAUUCGGAGGCCUGGGUUCCCGACUCCGAGGAGAGGCUGAUCCUGCGGGAAGAGUUCACCAGCCGGAUGCACCAGCGCUUCCUGGACGGCAAGGACGGGGACUUUGACUACAGCGCCGUGGAUGAUAACCCCGACUUCGACAACCUGGACAUUGUGGCCCGGGAUGAGGAAGAGAGGUACUUUGAUGAGGAGGAGCCUGAGGAUGCACCUAGCCCGGAGCUAGACGGGGACUGAUGGCCCAGCCGCCCUCCCUGUUCCCCCUCCUCCCCCACAGACAAGGCAGCUGAGCAGUGGCUGGCUCAGAGACUUUCUCCAGGGACCCCAGUGAAGCUGCCUCAUAGGGUCUGGUCCCAUCUCAGACUGCCCCUCCGCUGUGUCUGCAGUUCCCCACCCCCCCAACCCUGCUUCUGUCUCCAUUGCUAUUUCUCUGGGUUUCUUCCUCUGUCUUUGGUCUCUUUCUCCCUGCCUUUCUGUCUCCCUCUCUCCACCGCAGUCUCUUUCCUCUCUGCCUUUCUGUUUCUCCUCCUCGUUCUGUGCCUUGGCCUCUGUCCCCACAACAGGGUGAACAUCCCUCCCUUGACCAAGUCCAGCAGGGCCCUUUGUAGCUAGAGCCAGCCAAGUCGACACCAGUGCCCAACUUGGGGUCGGGCUGAUCCCUGGGCCCCAGAGCAGCUCGCUGUCUCCCCUCCUGGUCCCUACUCUGUUAUUCACCUAUCCCAUUUGUCAAGCUCUCCUUGCCUCUAUACGUUCCCUUCUCUCCUUCAGCCUUGUGGGCCUGUGGUUCUUCCUGCCAGUCCAUUUCCAUCUCUCAGCCUUUAUCUCUGGGUUUCAGUGCCAUCCCCAGUCUGGCUGCUGAGUGUGGCCUCACUGCAGGCAGAGGGAGACCACAGGUGUCCACAGCCAUCACCUCUCCACUGGGACCCAGCCCUGGGAGGGAUGGGCAGGGGAAGCACUGGGUAUCAUGGGCCUGCCAGCUUGGAAGUGGGGGGAGGGGCCCUCUCCCCUCCCAGCCCACAGCCCCCCUCUGCCCAGCCACAAUUUUCCCUUUCUUCACUUCCUCUGCCUCUCUCUCCCUCUUGUUUACACUCCCCAAAUACGCACAGGCUGUUAUCAUGGGUCCUGAGUCAUCCCACACACACAGGCUGCCCCUCGUCUCUGCCCCCAGCCAGCCACAGGCCCGCCCCACAGAGCCCCCUGCCUCCCCGGCUAAUGGGAGCCAGAUGGCCGCCUGGUGACUCAGCCACCGGCCUGUGGGAACCCAGGCAUCCCGCCUUCCCAUGCCCCCACACCCAGCUCAUGCUCCCCCAGUAGACACAUGGAAAAGGGCCGUCUGCUGGAGGAGGGCAUGGCCACGGGUCAGGGAGGUGGGGCCUGGGGCCUCAGCCCUGUGCACAGCAGUAGCGGCAUCCUUCCACAGCCAAACCUAAAGGACCCUUCAAGCUGCCUCUUGGGGCAUGUAGUCCAGAGUGAGCAGAGGCCUGGAGGCCUCCUAGGGCCAUGACGACCCCCAGGCCUUAGCUCUGCCCUCUGGGUCAGCCAGAAUUAGAGCCAGACACAGAAAGUGAGAGCCGGAUACGUUCAGGCUGUUCAAUGAGAGAAAAAAAGGAAAGUUCUGGUUUCUGAGCAGUUCUGUCCUGUGCCAGGCCCGAGCCAGGUGCUUGACACUGCGCUGAAUCCUCCAGACAUCGCUGCGAACUAGGGACUCAACGCACAGACCGGGCAAGGGAGGCCCAGGAAGGCGGGCAGCCUUCAGAGGUGAAAAGGCAGGUCUAGAACCACAAGUCCUAGAGCGCUCCACUGGCCUGCGGUCAGCUAUUGGCACUCAGGGUGGACAGAUGCACAGACGUCCUCACAUGGGAAGACGAGAAGACUUAGCUGUUGAUGACGAUAGCAGCUAAGCUUUGGGGGCCUCUGUUGGCACCAGGCACCGUCCUCCACACAGACUUGGCUGAAUCAUCUUGACAGAGAAGUCAGUAUUUGAAUCCCAACCAUCACGGUCCUGUGCGCCUCGUGCUAUCAGUACUGAUAAUCCGCCUCCCGGAGGAGGCCCAGGGUCGCCCAGGCAGCUGACUCACAGGAUAGGCGAGUGUCCUGGUCCCUGUGCUUAUGCCCUCAGGUUGUGAGCACACUCCUACUCCAGGCAUCAGCCCUUAGUGCACAUUUUUCACCAUUCAGUCAUUAAAUCUGUGGUAUACUGUGCUGUA